UUUGCCCCUGGUCGGCGUGCACGCGCGGGUGAUGCGCUAGCCAUGAUCUCUCAGAAGCUCUCGUACGGCGACGUGCCGACGUCCGCGACGCUCUCCUCGCUAUCUCCGGGCCUCGCGCCGCACUACGUCAACGGUAUGGGCUGCAUGCCGGCGCAGCCCUAUCCCAAUCUCUACUCCAACAACAUGGUGGCCAGCGGCUCGUGUAUGGGCUCGCCCGGCGUCGGGUACUCGCCGCCCAGCACCAUGGCUUCCUGCAUGGGAGGCGCCGGCGGCGUCCCCUACGGUGCUCUGCCCCGGGAGCAGGAGGCAGCCUCACCAACGUCGGCGCUGCAGCGGGCCCGCAACGACAAGACCUACCGCCGCUCGUACACGCACGCGAAGCCCCCGUACUCCUACAUAUCACUCAUCACGAUGGCCAUCCAGAACAAUCCGUCGAGGAUGCUAACGCUGUCCGAAAUCUACCAGUUCAUCAUGGAUCUGUUCCCCUUCUACCGGCAGAACCAGCAACGUUGGCAGAACUCGAUCCGACAUUCGCUCUCGUUCAACGAUUGUUUCGUGAAAGUGCCGCGGACGCCAGAUAAGCCCGGAAAAGGCUCGUUCUGGACGCUGCAUCCCGACAGCGGAAACAUGUUCGAGAACGGCUGCUUUCUGCGGCGACAGAAGCGCUUCAAAGACGAGAAGAAAGAAACAAUAAGGCAAGCGCAGAAAGCUUCACAGACGCACAGCCACCACGGCGGGCACGACAAAAGAGACCACGGACAUGAGAAAUCAGCUCCGGGUGCGGAAGAUAAGGAUAUGCGUGAUGAGUUGUUGGCGCAGCUUCACGCGGCGCCGGAGCUGUGCCUGCCGGAGCACACGCCGCUGGCUCUGGAGCAUUACGCGCAGUUGAAGCAGGAGCCGACAGGGUACGCACCGGCUCCUCAUCCGUUCAGCAUAACGAGGCUGCUGCCGGGCGCCGACACCAAGUCAGACCUGAAGAUGUACGACGUCAACUACGGCUACGGGCACGCGCCGGCCGAGAACUACUACCAGUCGCCACUCUACCAUCAUCACGCCCACGCCCACUCCCAGCCGCCCUUGUGACAGUACCCGCUGGCCUAGGCUCGCAGCGCCUGGCCCCGGCGGCUGAGUGCCCACCUGCCCUCAGCCUCCAGCGAUAUUAUGCACUUCAAAUCUCAGUAAAUUGACUCCAAGUGAGCGUGUUGUGUUCUUGUGAUAUUCUAGGAAGUCGUCCGGCUUGUACAUUGUGUAUAUAUUUAUCAUUUUGUGCGCAUUCAAGUAGUUUUAUGGUGCACUCUUGGUACCGGUUCGACGCGGCCGUGCGAGAGAUAGGCCUAACUUAUCAAGACUCUUGUAAGUGUCCUGUGUAAUUUGCACCACGCAACGCUCAUUCAUAUACUGAUUAAUAUUUCGAAUUUAUUAUUAAAAGCACGUUUAAAUUUCGUUUUCUUACAUAUAAAUCGAAAUUUUACCUCAAAUGGAUUGCGAUCUAACCCACUAGUAAAAUUCAAACCAAACUGUUCCGCCUAAAGUUCAAAACAGAAUCGAACUUAAAUGAUAUAAUAUCAAAAUAAUCGCGAUAGUACUACGAUCAAUAAAAUUAUCUAUAUCCGAGUAUUGAUGUUUAGAUAAUGUCAUACGAAGCGCGUUGAGAUCUUUUAUUUGUGUCAUCGAACUGUGCAUCGCAAUAUUGAAAUAGAUAAAUUCAUUAUUGAUUGUAAAAAUAAAAAAUCUAAUAAUGAAUUAAACGGGCUACAUUUGGUUUAAAUCAAAUUGAUCAAAGCCGUGCUUAUUGUGUCGAAUUUGUAAAGAAUUAUAUUGAAUAUGUACAGUAGAAUAACUGGUUUCGUACUUAACUAAAGUGUCUAAAUUAAACUUUUGGUAUUAGAAUGAACGAGUGAUGUCAUAUCUUAGACAGAACGUGCAAUGUUAUUUGUUUUAUAAUGUGGAUAUUACUUUAACUAAAUAUAUUUAUAGAUAGACGAAAUGGAAUUAUAAUCCUUCGACCAUUGGUAAUGUGCAGAUAAGUUUGUAUAUAUAGGUGUAAGGUAAAAGUUUAUAUAAUUAUAUUGAUUUGAAUAUGGUGUUUGGUGUAUGAUGGGUACCUAUCUACGCUUCUGCACAGCUCAUUUCAAUAUUUAUUUAUGCUCAAGUGUCAAUUUAGCAACAUAGUUACAUCUGACAAACGUACGACUCUCAAAAAAAUCUUUAUAACCUAUGCGGGAUUGUUUUUAAUAUUUAGCUGUAGACUCAACAUUUUCGUAAUAUUCUUCAAAUACUUCAGUUGCAUAUUAUAAUCUUCUAUAAACUACAUCUCGGGAGUAUUUUUACUACAUAGUUUGGUGAGUAGAAUACCUAUUAAAUAUUAUAUAUUUUCAAAACUAAUCUAUCACUAGAGUUCUGAAAUGUUUAUUAACUAAUUAUUAUUAGUUAUCCUAUUUCAAUAGCAGUCAAAAUUACUAAGACGUAUUUUUUGAUCUUGUUUUUUAAGAAAUUUACUUCAUAUUAUUCGUUUAAAAAUAGUAAAAAUCCAACAGAUGUGAACAGAGACGGAGAGACCUUCAGCUUAAGUACCAACCUUGCGUUAUCCUCAACUUUAAAUUAUUCUUCUAUCGUUAACCAUUACUUGUAUAUAUACUCAUUCGCUUAUAUUUUAAAAAUAAAUAUUUAAACAUA